UGUUCUUUUGACGAACAGCUUUGGUGUCGCUUAUGUGGUAAUGAUCACGAAAUUCACAUAAGUACGCCACAGCCUUUUCCUAGUUUCAAAAAGCUAUAUAUUUGUUUGUAUCAGUCGAGAAAGGUUUUAAUGUUUUAUCUCGCGAGUGAACAUGGAAUUAACUGCAGAUACGGUGUAUUUCCUAGCUGGCUCUGGCCUUGGAUCGUCUUCAACACCAAUCCCCCGCGCUUUCCAAAAUGGAUACGACAACACACCAAUCGUUUUCUCCCUUAUAAACUAAGCGAGCUGUCACUGGGGAAAGUUUUGAAAAUUUGGAACCUCAAAUCCAGCGAUCUUCCUCACAAUAUUGUAGCAAGAGUUGAAUAUGGUACGACCUAUUAUCGUUGGAGGGAUAUUCAAGUUGCUGCCAUGAGGGUACAUGGUGGUGCCAAGGGAUUAGGAAGGUUCAUGCUAAAGAGAUGUUGGAGAUCACGUGGUUAUUUGGAUCGCGUGUUUAGAUCAAGUAUUCAUACCACUUCUCAAACCACUUCUCAGUUAUCCAAUAAGAAUGGAGAAAGUUCUCGUUCCGUGCAAACAUCACGUACAGCUAAUGAUAAUGCGACAUUCUCGUUAAUGUCAAACCAAAAUUCCAUUUUCUCACAACGUUCUUCCGAGGAAAAUGAAAGACGAAGAACUCGUGAUUUGUCAUCUCGACAAAAUGAUCAUCAAGUCCUCAGUGAACAGUCUCAAACUGCAGUCAAUAAUACAAGGCAAUUAAUCGACAUCAUCCACCAAAUUCAGCCCGUUACCCGAAGAUAUGCACGUGAUUCAAAUGGUGAAACACGCGAAUCUCCUACAGAAGACGCGCCCGGAUAUUCACGAGGACAUAACGAUACUUCACGAAUCAUUAACUUACAAGUAUCCUCAAGUGAAAGCAGUAUGGAAAGCAAUCAUUGAAGAGUUACAGUAGCACACAAAACUACAAUCAUUAUAUUUCGUAAUUUAGAAUACAGAUACACGUAUAUCCAAAAUGCAAUGCCCAUGCAAGUGACUAAAGUCUGGUCCAACCAAAUCAUCUUUUGCAUUUAAGCAGAAUACAACAAGCUUACUAAUCCAUCAUUAUCCAUGAACGUUCAAUGACCUUUAUGAUAAUGUUCACCAUUGUAGUUUUAAUGCAACUUUUGAGGCAAUUUCUUGUAUGAUUUUGCCUAUGAAAUAGAAGAUUUAUGCAGAAGUAUUGAACACAAAUAAUCAACAUUCUUUAAUGUCAUUCUGAUCCCAGAAAUGACAUAAAUUACCUGUGCACUCUCUGGACUACAUAGUACAACUGGAGUGCCUUUGUCAGAUGUUUCACAGAUUGUUGUAUGGAGAGGUAUUUUACCUGUAAAGAUGACGUCAAUAAAAUGUUCAUUACUCUUUCA